AUGUCCCUCAGUCUACGCUGCCUGUUCAUCGUUCCACUGGCCUUCAAGGUCGCCGCCUCUCUUGCAUCAUCCAACCCAGGAUCUGUAGCAUGCACUUCGCUACUUGGUAGCCUUGGUGGUGCCAUCGUCCAAUCUUCCGGCGCGCAGUACGAUGCGACGGCCACAGGGGCUUGGAAUUUGUUCAACGACGAGCAAACGCCGGGAUGCAUCGUAUUCCCAAGGAAUGCCUCGCAGGUGCAAACAGCUAUGAGUGCAAUAUUCUCAGCUGGGUCGACAUAUUCCAUACAGUCUGGUGGACAUUCUCACAUGAUUGGGUGGAAUAAUGUCGACCAAGGGGUGCUCAUUUCCUUCUCCGAAAUGGCCUCUAUCUCGUACGACGCCCCGGAUAAUAGCAUCAUCAUUGGUCCCGGGGCGCGUUGGGGCAAUGUCUACACAACCACUGCGCAGUUCGGCGUUGCUCCCAUUGGUGGGAGACAAGCGGAUGUGGGCACCUCUCUGCUUCUGGGUGGCGGUCUCAGUUUCCUCUCACCAACAUGGGGCUACGCGGCCGAUCAGAUCAAAGCGUUGGACGUUGUCCUGGUUAAUGGCACUUUGUUGACGGCGACAGCCACGAAUUCGCAGUCCGACCUCUUCAGAGCUCUGAAGGGCGGAGGAAGUCGAUUUGGAAUCUAUGCAAACUCCUCACUUGAAGCUGUGCUUAAUGCAACGGCCGACUAUGUGGCGAGCGUUUCCGACCCGAAAGCUACACUUCUUACCUCCAUCAUCAACUCCAUAUCAAAUGGAGUCAACACCCCUACGAUCCUAGUCAAUGUCUUCUACAAUGGCACUUCUCUCCCGGACUCCAUAUUCGGUUCAUUCCAAUCCAUUCCUUCGGUCUCGAAGACCCUUGGCUCGCUCAGCUACCUCGACAUUGUGCAGACGCUGCCCUCGGGCGCCGCUCCCCCUGGAACUCAGCUCGGCCAACACGACGGCGCGGCCGCGCUCCCAGGCUCGCGGAGCGCCCUGCUCGACGCUCACCGCCACUUCCUGAACUUCACGACGGCGGUUGCGGACAACCUCAACCAAUCGUUGUACACGAUCACGCCCGUAUUACAGCCGCAGAUUGACGCCGGACGCGCGAUGGGUGGCAAUGCGAUCAGCCCACCCGACGGCGGCUUCGCCUCUGUGCAGUUCGCUCAGACGUUCAAGUCCGGUGUGACGCAGAAGCCUGCAGGCUUCCAGGAUGCCUUUAAUUUGAUGCUUGAGCAAAUCCCGAACGCGCCGGGCAAGCCGCUCUUUCUUGAUGAGUGCGACGAGUUGCAGGACGUGUACUCCACUUACGGAGAUUUCGCGGCGCUUCAGCAGACGUACGCCAAAUACGACCCAACUCGCUUUAACGUCCAACAUAUGGCAGGGCCUGUCGGGCUUUGA